AUGCAUAAAACCAUACUCUCUCUUUCUUUCUUUCUUUCUUUCUUUCAUUCUUUCUUUCUUUCUUUCUUUCUUUCACUUUCUCCUUCCGUUUUUCAUCUCUAUUUUCCUUCUUUUAUUUUUUCUCCCUUCCAUCUGAUCGACAAUCACUUAUUUUUUUCUUUCUUCUUUCCUUUUCGCACCUUUAUUGCGUUCUUUCUUUCUUUUUACUUACCGUUCAAUCUUGUCUUUUUCUAUCUUUCUUACUUUCUUUUCUUUCUUUCUUUCUUUCUUUCUAGUUGGUAUUCUUUCUUCUUUUCUUUCUUUCUUUUUAGUUGCCUCGGUGUUCUUUCUUUCUUUCUUUCUUUCUUUCUAUCUUUCUUUCUUUCUUUCUUUCUUUCUUUCUUUCUUUCUAGUCGGCGUUCUUUCUUUCUUUCCUUCUUUCUAGUCGGUGUUCUUUCUUUCUUUCUUUCUUUCUUUCUUUCUUUCUUCUUCUUUUCAGCGUUCUUUUUCUUUCUUUUUUUUGUUACCGUUCAAUCUUUUUUCUUUUUAUUUUUUUCUAUCUUUCUUUCAUUCUUUUUUUCUUUCUUUCUUGCUUUCUUUCUUUCUUUCUUUCUCAUUUUUUCUUUCGAUUUUCUUUCUUUCUUUGUUUUACGUUCUUUCUUUCAAUCUUUCUUUCUCGUUCGAUUUACUUCCUUGUUUUUCUUUCUUUUUUUCUUUCUUUCUUUUUUUCUUUCUUUCUUUCCUUCUUUCUUUUUUUUUCUUUCUUUUUUCUUUCUUUCUUUUUUCUUUCUUUCUUUUUUUCUUUCUUUCUUUUUUCUCUCUUUCUUUCUUUCUUUCUUUCUUUUUUCUUUCUUUUUCGAACUCCUGUCUACCUUAAUUUUUUAUCCUCUUUUAUUUUCUCUCAAUAUUUUUCUUCAAUCAUUUUUUUUUUUUUUCGCUUGCUCUUCUCUCCUUUUUGCGAUUUGUUUAUCAUUUUCUUUCUUUUUUUCUUUCUUUCUUUCUUCCUUUUUUCUUUUUACCUUUCUUCUUUCCGUUUUUUCAUUCUUUCCGGGCCAAAUUCCCAAAUUCUCUGUAAUCCAUUUAUUCUUUCCUUAUUCCCUCUCACAAAAUUCCCCAACGAACUCUGCUCAAUUAUUUGUCCUUUUUCAACUUCCAUCCAUUUCCAUCCCCCCUCCUCCAUUCAUUUCUGAUUUUUUUUUCAGCAUCCUUUUUAUUCUUCCUUUCGAUUCUCCUUCCGGCAUUUCACUCCUGAGUUCUUUCUUUUUUUACUUACUUUUUCCGUCUCAUAUCUCUCCUAAUUUGGUUUCGUCCAUUUUUUCUUCUUUCCGCUUAUCCAUUCAUUUUUCUUUCUGCUGCAUAAUUUUUUUAUAUCAUUCUGCCAUAUUAUUUUUUCCUCCAUUUUUAUUUUUCUUCGACUGUGGUCAGGCCCAAAUCACUUGA